UGGCUCACUAACCCCAGUAGAACGCGCACUGCCACACUCCGCUCCCCCGCGCACGCACGUGACUCUAGUGGCGGGUUACGAACGGUGUUACUACCACUGUGAACAAGGAAGUCACCAGGCAGCCACUAAUUGACCUUUCUUAUUAGUGACAACAACAACAACAACAACAACAAGGAAAAAAAAACAUUUGAAAUUUUUUUUUUAUUUGUUGUGAAAAAUAUUGAGAGUCUUAUAAUUUGUCAAGUCGGGUGUUAAGUGUGUUUAAAGUGCGUGUGGAUACUUAAAUGUGGAUCGUCUACCUGCCAUGGCACUUAAAUAAUUAUAUAAUCUAGUUUUGGCCUUAAUUACUAGAAGCUAUUGUCACUACCUCAAUUAUUUAUAAGUGGUAGUUUUUUCAAUAUUGAAGUGACCUUUGUAAACUCCUCUCCCGGCCUCCCUGCCUCCCACGCCCCUCGCCCACGUAUACCUUGCUCAAAUUGUUGUGUGAAAAUCUUGGUUCUUUAAAUUUCUGUAACGAAACCUGUGUGUUUUGUGGUGUUUCUGGUUUUUUUCCUGUUUUUUUCGUCUUUUCGUGUGAAUUUUGUGGGUUUUUCGCGGGUUAUGUGCGAGUGUCGGCUCCCGUGGCAGUUUCUCGGUUUUUCGGUAGUUCUUCAGAUUUUUCGGUAGUUCUUCAGGUUUUUUCGGUAGGUUUUCAGAUUUUUUCUCGAGAUAUUUCCAGAUUUUUGUUCGGGGUACUCAGAUCUUUCGGCAUUUUUCCAGAUUUCUUGGCAGGUUCUUUAGAAUUUACCGGAUGUUUGGGUAAAAUUUCGUACGUCUCCAGAUUUUUUCGGGAUAUUGUCAAGGUUUCUCGGUAUUCCAGAUUUUCGGUAGUUUUUUUCCAGAAUUUAUCGGAAGUUUGGGAUCGUUUCGGUAGAUUAAUUUGGUAGGUUCAGUAACAUUCAGAAUUAAUCGUUAGUUCUCCAGAUUUUUCAGUAGUUUAUCCAGAAUUAAUCAGUAUUUAUAGACAUAUAUCAAUGUCUAAUUAUUGUGUAUGUUUGCUCAAGGUUUGCAAAAUCUGCUAGUAUUUCAGAUUUUCUCGGUAGCUUCUUCAGAUAUUUCGGGAGAUUAGCUCAGAUGUAUCAGUAGGUCUCGAAUUUCUGAGGUUAAGUUGCCAGAUUAUCUAAAUUUAGGUGCUAUUUGUCAAUUACCUGAAUUUGUGGGUGUUUCAGAAUUUUCAGUAGGAUUAUCAGAUUUUUCAGGAGUAUUCAGAUUUUUUCAGUAUUUCGCCUCAGAUUUCUUGUUUAGAUUUCAGAUUUUCCAGGAGAUUUUUUUCAAAGUUGGUAGUUUUUAAGAUUUCACCGUUAGACUUAAACGUUUCUCAGUAGAUAUCCAGACAUUUCCGGGAGAUUUCCAGAUAAUUUCGGUAGAUUACAACUAGAAAAAUCCACAAAACCACAAUUUUCCAGUUCCCAACAACAGUAGCAUCACGUGGGCGACCAACUGACCUCACCUGCCCUCCCCGUGACCCCCCGUGACCCGUGCGACCCCCGUGACCCCCCAGUGACCCGUUGUGACCCCCUUUGUAAAUAAUGCAGCCAUCAUGGUUCACCGUCCCGUGGGUGCAGUUUCAGUCCCUCCCUACUUUCCCUGGUCCCGCCCUUACCACCUUGGCACAGAUGGCGUCUCCACACCCGCCCACAGCAGUCUCCGUGGGCGGCAUCACACCCAUGUCGCCGCACACGCCCACGCCCACACAAGUUAACGGGUUGAGUGGCGUUACCCUGUCACCUCUGAACGGGUUAAAUGGGUUGGCGCAUCAUACGGGAUUGGUAGCUAUUCCCUCCCCCCGCCCCUCGCCGCCCACGCCCACCCAGCAGCACACCCACACCCUGCUGCUGCCGCCCUCGCCCUCCAGCAGGUUCUGAGACGCCCAGCCGCCCAUCAGCCAGUGCCCGCCCCGUUAGCUGCACUUAUAAGAGCGAAGAAGGAGUCGGAAUUCUCUCCAGGCCUGAGGAGAGAGAAGAGGAAAGCUGAAGAAGAUUUGAUGGAGAGUACUGACAUUAAAAAGGCCAAGUUGGAGACGAAAGCAUUAAAAGCCAAACGACCUGGUUUUUCUGAAGAGAGGUACAACGAGACGUCAUACUUUAUAGAAAACGGUCUUCGCAAAGUGUAUCCGUACUACUUCACCUUCACUACAUUCACUAAAGGCCGUUGGGUUGGUGAAAAGAUUCUUGAUGUGUUUGCGAAGGAGUUCCGCGCCCACCCUGCUGAACAAUACGAGCGCUGCAUCAAGACUGGCACCCUCACUGUCAAUUACGAGAAGGUAGACACUGAUUAUCGCCUCAAACACAACGAUCUCCUUGCCAACAUUGUCCACAGACAUGAAGUCCCGGUAACCGCUGACGUCAUCCCUAUUGUUCACGUCGAUGAGGAAAUGGUUGUGGUGGACAAACCAGCCUCCAUACCCGUGCAUCCCUGUGGGCGCUAUCGUCAUAACACUGUGGUUUUCAUCCUGGCGAAAGAAUACAACCUGAAGAACCUCAGGACGAUACACCGACUUGACCGGCUAACUAGCGGCCUACUGCUGUUUGGACGUACCCCGAAGAAGGCACGAGAGAUGGAGCAACAAAUUCGAACAAGACAGGUCACCAAGGAGUAUGUGUGCCGUGUGGAGGGGGAAUUCCCGAGAGAGCCGGUGGAGUGUGUGGAGCCAAUUGAAGUGGUGAGCUACAAGAUUGGCGUCUGCAAGGUGUCUCCAGCUGGUAAAGACUGCCGGACUGAAUUUCAGCGUCUUUCGUUCAACGGCGCCACGUCUGUAGUGCUGUGCCGCCCACACACCGGCCGGAUGCACCAGAUACGUGUCCACCUGCAGUACCUUGGCUAUCCAAUCGUUAACGACCCACUGUACAACCACACAGUCUUCGGUCCCAACAAGGCCAAGGGAGGCAUUGUGGGUAAGAGUGAUGACCAACUUAUUCAAGACCUCAUCAAGAUACACAAUGCUGAAAACUGGCUGGGAAUGGACGGGGAUGCUGAAUACUCGAUGUUUAAACCAAGGGAGAAGGGAGAGGGGGAGGAGGAAGGCGGGUCCCAGCGAAACACCCCGUCUCCCAAGGAUAAGGUCUCCCCACACGCCCCCCCCAUUACCCCAAGAUGUCACCACCACCACCACCACCACCGCCGCCACACCACCACCACCAUCACCACCACCACCACCACGAAGUUUCUACAGCAGCUGCUAAUGGCCUCACAGCAGCAACAGGAGGAGGAGGAGGAGGAGGAGGAGGAGGAGGAGGAAUGGAAACAGUUGAACUACCAGGAGGAGGAGGAGGAGGAGGAGGAACUGGCAUCACAACACAAAUAUCUUCUUCAACUCAAACAAAUGACAAUCAGGCAACAGGAGGAGGAGGAGGAGGAGGAGGAGGAGGAGGAGGAGGAGGAGGAGGAGGAGGAGGAGGAGGAAAGGAGUACACAUAUCAGUCUAAUUUAAUGACAGUAGAUGAACAUUGUUAUGAAUGCAAGGUUCGCUACAGAGACCCAAAACCGAGAGAUUUAGUGAUGUACCUACACGCCUUGAAGUAUUCCGGUCCCGGUUGGCAGUUUGAAACAAAGCUUCCUGAUUGGGCGAGCGAAGACUGGAGGGACCCGGAGGACGACCAAUAGGAAAAGAGAAGUGGAACUGUCAGCCAGUCACAGACGAGGACGGUGAAUUGUCAGCCAAUUGGAAGACAGGAAGCUGGACUUUGCACCAAUGAGAGAUCAGAAGGAAGAGGAAGAGGAGGAGGAGGAGGAGGAAGAGGCAAAAAUGAAGGGGAAGAGGAAGAAGAGAUGGAAGAGGAGGAGGAGGAGGAGGAGGAGGAAGAGGAGGAAGAAGAGUAGGAGGAGAAGUAAAAUAUUAUUGUUUUUUUUAUUAUUUUUUGUGUAUUUAUAGAAAAAAAUAAUAAUAAUAAUAAUGAGUUUGAUAAAAAGAAAGAAAAGAAGAGAGAGAGAGAGAGAGAGAGAGAGAGAGAGAGAGAGAGAGAGAGAGAGAGAAUUAUUGUUGUUAUCAUUAUUAUUGUGUGUGUGUGUGUGUGUGUGUGUGUGUGUGUGUGUGUGUGUGUGUGUGUGUGUGUGUGUGUAAUAUGUACAUAUCUACAAGUGUGUGUGUGUGUGUGUGUGUGUGUGUGUGUGUGUGUGUGUGUGUGUGUGUGUGUGUGUGUCAGUAUUGCACACAUACGCACACACUCACACACGCACACACACGCACACACACUUUUCAAGACAGAGAGGAAAUAUAUUGUGUUGAAGAGAGAGAGAGAGAGAGAGAGAGAGAGAGUGUUGCUAGUAUUGCCAGAACACUAAAAUCUUGCAAUACCUAAUUAAUAAACAAAUAAACACUGUCUCUCUAUAUUGUGUUCCUAGGAAAACAAACUAAUUUCUCUCGUAACUUUGUGUUGCAGGAUAAUCGCACACCAGCCACCUUCUAAUGGUUGUGUUGCGGGGAAGAAGCGGGUGUCCUGCAAGUUUAUCUAUGUCUUUGUGUUGCAAGAAAGAAGGUUGUGUUGAGUUGCAUUGUCUGACUCACUAACAACACAGUGUUUGGUACAGGUUGGGAAUAAUUUUUGUGUUGCAAGGUGUUUUAAUCUGUUUGUGUUGCAGUAGAGAGAAAAACAAGCAAACGAGAGAAUUUUGUGUUGCGAGGAGAGAGAAAAACAAGAAAAGAGGUUGAAAUUUGAGUUGCAAUGGGUUAAAAAUAUCCUCUUGUUUUGCUAUGAGGGGAAAAACAAGAAUAGAACACAAUUUUGAGUUGCGAGUGGGUUUACUGGUGUUGCGAGCAGGGAAAACAAGAAAAGAAGCAAAGAUUUAAGUUGCAGAGGAUUAAAAACUAGAAUAGGAAUACAAUUUUGAGUUGCAGCCACCUUAUAUGUGUUGCGAGAGGAGAGAAAAAGAGAUAAACACAUUUUUUUGGCUUGCGAGAGAGUUGAAACAAGGAAGCAACUGAAUUUUGAGUUGCAGAGGGCUAAAAAAAGCUUUCUCUUGUG